UUUGGUCUGAGUUUAAUAUUGAACUUUUAAACCAGAUUCAAGUUCAGUCUGGGUUCAGUUUAAAUGUUCAUAAACUUGUUCAAGUUCAAUGUGGAUUGUCACAUAGGCUGGGCAUGGUCUCAAAAG